UUAAACAUAUUUCAGCAAAAGCUGAUUAUCUUGGCCACUUUUUGCUGAAGAAUGGACGAUCGACCUUUUCGUUAGUGUUCUAUGGAAGAAUCUUACAACGCCCGAAGGGGCUGUUUGUUGUGAAAUCGCUGUUGUCGUUUUCUUCUUUUAUGUGAAAGAAUCAUUUGUUCGCCAUGAGUCGUCUGUGUAUGAGGACAUUCUUGGAGUCACCUCUCAGCUCUAAGUACCGGUUGCCGAUUUCCCCAAGCAGCGCGGUACAGAUCAGGGGCAAUACUUAUAUGUUUGGCUCGCAAACGCAAGUGUGGUCCAACGUGAAACAACAGUCUUUAGAUGAAGCAGCCUCCAAGGUUUGUCAAGCUUAAAAUUUCAAGAAUUCUGCUGAUGAGGACGUUUUGCACAUCCUUGCAACAAUUAUUCUUUUUUAUCGCUGAGAUACUUAAGAUUUAUUGAGUGUUUUGCCUAAAAAAUUAAGCAAUUUUUUCUCCAACCCUUUGUUUACACUGUGUGCUGAACGUUUUUGUUUUUCUGACAUGAAUUUAAUUUUAAGUUUACCUGUAAUUUUAUAUCUUUUAGUCCUCUAUUCGACUUACUCCGUUUCAAAUGCUAUGGGCCGGUAGAUUUAAAGAUGGAACGCAUUUACUGGUAAGNUUUUCUUCUUUUAUGUGAAAGAAUCAUUUGUUCGCCAUGAGUCGUCUGUGUAUGAGGACAUUCUUGGAGUCACCUCUCAGCUCUAAGUACCUGUUGCCGAUUUCCCCAAGCAGCGCGGUUCAGAUCAGGGGCAAUACUUAUAUGUUUGGCUCGCAAACGCAAGUGUGGUCCAACGUGAAACAACAGUCUUUAGAUGAAGCAGCCUCCAAGGUUUGUCAAGCUUAAAAUUUCAAGAAUUUUGCUGAUGAGGACGUUUUGCACAUCCUUGCAACAAUUAUUCUCUUUUAUCGCUGAGAUACUUAAGAUUUAUUGAGUGUUUUGCCUAAAAAAUGUAGCAAUUUUUUCUCCAACCCUUUGUUUACACUGUGUGCUGAACGUUUUUGUUUUUCUGACAUGAAUUUAAUUUUAAGUUUACCUGUAAUUUUAUAUCUUUUAGUCCUCUAUUCGACUUACUCCGUUUCAAAUGCUAUGGGCCGGUAGAUUUAAAGAUGGAACGCAUUUACUGGUAAGAUGAUCUGUGUUGCUAAAAAAGUUAGUCAGUUAGUCGCAACAACGUGCAAUAUCAUGUUUCAUUCUGCCUUGCUGCUCUGUUUUCGUGACAAACUGUAUUAGGGAAGCCUGACACAUUAUUUGGCUCGUAGCCGUAAAGGGAAAACGAAAAAGAGGAAUUUCAUUGUUAAACCGUGUAGCACUGUUUAAAGUACAUGUACAGUACGUAAUUUGUUUCAAUUACGAUUGGAGAAGGAAAGUUGAUUAAAAAUUAACAUAUUGGCAAUUUAUGACAAAGUUAUUUUUGUGCCUAACUCUGUCAUAUUUGGGGUUUUUCCCUGCGGUUUGCAAAUGGAUCACUGACGUAUUUACAGCUGCUGCAAAACAAAGACCAACUCAAGCUUGACUUAAAGCAGGGGCACUCAAUGAAGUUUUCCUCCUAAAUACACUGAAAACGCUUUCCUCUAGAAUUGCAUUCUAAGCAGGUCUGCUAAAUUUGUGUAAAAUUUGUUUAUAAUGUUUGGUCAUUUUAGGGUAACUUGUGUCUUUCAAUGAAAUGUAAUGUGGUAGCUUAAUUUUUCCUUUGUUUACUUUAAUUCUUUCUGGAGAGUCCAGCAAGAUAAGGCAUUAACCCUUUAAACCCCAAGAUCAAAAUUUGAAUUCUCAUUUGACGCCCCCUUUCAUUUCCUACAGUAGUAGUGGGGAGAAGGUGAUAAAAUAUGAAGUAAAUUCAUCUUGUGUGAUCAUGUCCGUAAUUCUCAUGACCAUUCUGUGUUACAAAGCAUUGCUAUUACAAAGAGAAAUUUGAUGCUGAUCACUCUUGGGGAUUAAAGGUUUAAUUUCAAGCAUUAAUUUCAUUCCCAAGUUAUAUGAGUGACCAGGAGAUUUAUAUUCUAAAGACCAUGUAAUAUUUUGCCACAGUUUGUUAUUUUUGUUUUUUCAUAGAAAGUUAACACUUGUGAUAAUUUCCUCUUUAAAUUUCAGAAGAGUGCUCAGUUUCUUAGGAAAGAAUUACCUAUUCGCAUAGCACGUCGAGUUGUUGACUUUCAAAAACUUCCCCAUAUUGUACUGUGUAAUCCAGUCAUCCAUGAUGUGGUAGGUAAAAUUAUGAUGUUGUGAACUAAUGCAACACAUUUAAUGCAUAAAUUAAUUUUUUGAAUAACAUUGAAAAAAGCCUCCAUGAUCGAAAAUGCCUACAGUGUACACAUUUGAUUUGCACUGUCAUGGGCAUAGCAACUUGUAUGCACAAAAACACAUUUUCAUGUGAAAAAAUGUCCAAGAUUACUGAAAACAAAACAAAGAAAGAGUAGAAGUGCUGGAAACACUUUCCCCAGUCAGAUGUUAGUCUCAGGAUUUGCUGCCAUCAUAGUCUCUCCUUGACACUCCAUUGGAGAGACUAUGCUGCCAUGCUUCAAAAGUACACAUGUAGAUAAAGUAAAAACUAUUCAGCUGAAUAAUGAGUUGCCACUACAUAUGACUUGAUGCCUUAAUUGAUGAAUACUUGUAUGUGUUCUAAAUUGCAGUAUGAGUUGUACCUUAGAGCUUUCAGUGUGCUUAACAAAUUUCCUAAGGUUAGUGCAUAACAUGCAUGUUUUGAAUUAAUUAGCAGAACAGUAAUGUUGCUAUAUAUUUUAUUAUUUUUUUACGUUUCUUGAACGACUCGUGUUUACACUUGUGUUUACACGUCUAGGAUUUUGUCAGACAUGGGCCAGUUUCAGUGUCAAAUGGCAAUUUUAAUGAUGAUGCCAGUAUAUAUUAGUGUUGAAGUGGUAAAAAAAUGUUUAAAUGUCUUGGAUCCUCUCUUUUGGAAAAGGGUCCUUUGUGUUGUUCAGUAGAAGACCCAUCAGUUGCCCUCAUCAGCCAAUCCUAAGAAUAUACCCUGCAAGGGAGUGGUUUAUCACGCAGGAGAGCUUCAAUCACAUACCAUUCUAUUAUUCAAUAAUAAUAAUACUGAUAUAUCUACUCAGGAGAUAAGAUCACACUGAAAAUUUAACCACACAGUUUACACUGUACAUGCAAUAGUAACUAAUAAGAAUUAUGUAGUAUUAAAAUAUUAUUAUUAUUAAUGUUAUUAUUUUUGCUCUCAUCUGAAAUGCCUAUGUAAUGUUGUGACUUUUAGGUGGAAACACUUGAAUUAGAGGAGAGAUACAAUCGUAUUAUCAGACAGCUCUUGGAUGACCAUCAGAAUGUCGUCACCAACCUUGCAGAGGGAUUCCAUGAAUGUCAGCGGAAUGUACCAGUAAGUUGAAGCCACUAUCAUUUUCACACAUGACAGGUUGAUUUAAAGGUUAAUUUUCAUCUUGUUCAGAAGCACUAAUGCAGUGUUGGUGACAAGUGGUCAAAUAACCUCUAAACAAGGGGGCAAGUUUUUAACCAUGCUCCUCCCAUGCCCAAAUAUAAUGAUUGUAAAAAUGGCAAUAUACACAAUUAUCCUGUUUUCUAUAGACUGCGAGCAGUCCCUCAGGAUGGUCAUGCGAGCGAGGAAAUCAAGCGAAGCGAGUGAAAGCCAAGGGGAAGCUGGGAGGAGGCGGGGAAAGGAGGGAGGGACUGCUCGCAGUGUAUGUUUUCCAGUACACUUGCAAAUAGAGAGGAGAAAUGUGACGUCAUUUUACCAUUGUAGCAAAAUUUCUGGAUUACAACAAUAGGGAGCUUAACCCAUUCGCCCCUGAACCGCCCGUAACCGCCCGUGUGGAUCCACGUCCUUUCUACCCUUUGUGACGUCAUCAGUUUUAACAGUCAAGGACAACUUUGUCUGCUAACUUGUGCAGAGUGAAGAGAUCUUUCAAACCAUACCAGAAUGAGCACAAUUCAGUCAAGGACACCGGAGAAAGAGGCAAAAAACCAUGUAACAUUGACCUGAAAAUCUCCAUGAAAAUUUUGUUCCAUUGCCCACCUACCUUUCCUAUCACCUAAUCCUAUUAUCCUAAAAGCUUUCCUAAAAACUAUUUUCACCAAAAUGAAGCCUACUAAAUGCCCAGCAAGAGAAAAAAAAAAUGAGGCAAGAAAAGCGAAAAAAGAGGGGAGGAGAGAAAGCGAAAAGUAAAACUCAAGACUGCUGUGUCACUUUUAAACCCAAAAACUAUGUCGAAAUUUUGCUUUCUGCGCAUGCCCGAACUUCGCAAGCUGAUAUUUUGCAUCUGAAUCAGAAGGCCAUGAAGUGUACAACCUGUAAACCGGUUUGUGGUAAGAUUUAGCUCUUUAUAGCACGACAGUGACCAGAAAACCACUCAACUAGCUUCAAAACGUGUUUUUCGGCAAAAUCUCCAGGAGCGAAUGGGUUAAGGACAAUGACGGCAAUUGCAAUGAGAACAGCGAAAAAGCAAUAGGAUUAGAUAAGCAAAACAACAACUUAGCAGGUGCAUUGAUCACACUUUUUUGUACAUUUCUUAGCCGUCGUUGCACGACUGCUACAUGAAACUUCCUUAUUUCACGCACCCGCUUAAUGGAGUAGGUGAACACAACACAAAAAUAUUCCUUAACUUAGAUAUUGUCCUUUAGAAUUUAACUUGAGAAUAUUACGCCAACAUUUGACAAUUAGAUUAAACUGAAUAAGGUCGAUGUAGUUUGAAACAGUGCAAAUUCAAUUUUUACGCGAUGUUUUUGGUUUGUUGUCAUCCAGAUAUUUUGCUACCAUGGCAACUUGAUGUAAUGACUCCUCUCUAGUAAAGGUUUCCUUGACCAUUGAGUAUCAAAAUUAUAUUAACAUUUACAUCUGUAUCACAUUCAUCUGCAUGCAGUGAUUUUGUUACCUCCACGUCCUGCAUCCCUGACGCAUAAAAAUCCCUAAAGAUGCAAAACAAUUCAUAACAUGGGUCCCAAAGGAUGCAAAAGUCAGUCAAUCAAUCUGAAGAUGUUUUUGUAGAAUAUCCUGUUCGUGUGAUUUCUGUGGCUGUUCUUGAGGCUAUUGUUUAACAGCGCAUAUUUCUUUUAGUCUUUGUUGUGCUUUACAAUAGAAGGAGUAUAUUUUUAUUUCAUUAAACUGUAAUACAGGGACUCACUAGUUGUGCACCAGGACUCACGAUUUUUCACAAGAUGAGUCCCAGGACUCACCAGAACUAAUAAUAUAUUGUAACAAAAUCACUGUGCAUGCUAUACACAUUGUGAAAGAAAAAGCUAGGAUAUGUAAUUUUUCUUUUUGUUGAUGUUUAUUUACUUAUUUAGUAUACUUUUUUGUUCUUAUUAAUUUUGUUUCCAGUAUGAAACAAUAGAUGCAUUUCUUAAUCGUACCCUGACAUCACGUCUUGGAAUCCGUAUGUUGGCAGAACAUCAUCUUGCUCUUAGCAUCGACAAGGUAAAGUUGUACCAUGCUUUUAUCCUCAGGAAAACUUCCAGUGGAGUGUUGUUGUACAAAUUAAAUAAAAGUGACUGUUAAGGAGAGGUUUUCUGUAGCAUAGAAAAAUUCAAGGUAGUAGAUCACAGACAAUGAGAGGGAAACAAUGUCUACAUGGGAGACUGUCUGAAGGUAGUGGUUAUAACCUCACCUUAGAUUAUUGUUUUGUCAGGCACUGUCUAACUGGCCACUUUUUUGUUUACAUUUUAGCCAAACUACAUAGGGAUUGUCUGUACCCAUCUGAACUUUAGACAAAUUGUUGAAAGAUGCAGUGACUUUGCAAGGUAUACUCUCUGAUAACUUAUUUCUUUUCAAGCCUCACAGUCCCUACUUGAAAUAUUUUUUAAUGUUGAAUUUAAUUGUGAAUGAAAGUAUUAAUAAAGACACUCCUGCUCAGUAUCAAGUGGCUACUGAUGUUAUUCUUACACAUAACACAAGCAUACUGUGUGAACAUUGGUUUAAGGAAAAAGGAAUCAUUCAAAUAUUCCUUUCACUUCUUAUAAUAAUAAUGUGUUGAUUAUCGAAAUGUCACUUAAUGUGGCUUUUAAUUACGGGUACCAGAAAACUCUUCUAUUUAGGGAGGUAUAUCACUACAAAAGUUCUUACUUGAAAACUUUGGCAAAAAAAGCAUUCACAAUAGGCGGUGAAUGUAAUGUCAUAGUGCAAGAUAGCGAACCAAUCAGAUUGCUUGAAUCACCAAGAUCACCGAGAUAAAUCUAUUCUCUCCAAAUAAUAAUCAACAUAUUAUCAUUAUAAUAUGACAGCUAGUGUAUUAAAACCUUAGCCUAACUUAGUGUUUUUCAUUGCAGGCAAGUGUGUGAGCACACAUAUGGUAUAGCACCAGGCCUUAUUGUCAAUGGUCAUACACAAGCAGUCUUUCCAUACAUUCCUGCACCAUUAGAGUACAUCCUUCAAGAACUUCUGAAGAAUGCUAUGAGGUACAGACUGCUCACCCAUCUGAGUAAAGGCAAUUUUAUUUAGAAUAGUGUGUGUUACAUAGAAGCUGGUUGGGGUUCACUGUUUUUGUGGCCACCUUCCAACACCCCUCAAUCUGUGCACAGGUAUCCCAAUAUGAACGCACCUACCGGUAAUCUUAAUUGACAAUAAACCUACCCUGUUUCAGAUUCAAAAUGAAGUAAAAUAUACCCCUCUUCCAGAGAUAAAGAGUGGUUUUGUAUACCCUGUUCCAAAGUCAGAGAGGGAAAAAGCAUUCCAAGUUGAGCGGCAAAUACCCAUACAGUCCAUACAUAAUUUAUAUUUGAGAACAACCACCACACCCCCAAAGCCUUUGCACAUGGGUCAUAUUAUAUGGGCAAAAAAACAUUUGCCUGUCAGAAAAGUCUACUUGUCCCAGAUGAUCAGGUGGGACUUUUUUCGAACCUUAAAUGCUACGGUUCUUUGACCACUUCCAGUACCCUUCACCCCUAAGUCCAAUGAAACCUAUAAUCCAUAUUUAAUUGAAAAAAAUCGACCCUGACCCAAAGCAUUUUAGUGAUGGACUUUAAACAUCAAAAUAGAAUGGUACUGUUUGUGACUUUAUAAUGAGAUAUCGGUGUGGUUUCAUAUCCAGAGCCAGUGUGGAGCAUCAUCUGGACAGACCUCUGGAAGUACCAAACAUUGUUGUUACACUAUGUAGUAACGAUACAGACUUCUAUGUAAGGUAAAAAUACCAUCUUGUUGAUGUUGAUGACCACAAAAUUAUUCUUUUAUAACAAAUUGUAUUUCAUUUUCUGGAAAUAUUACCCUGGGAGCAGAGAAAGGAAGAGCGAAGGAGACUCUGCUUACGGGGUAGGAAAAAUACAUCUCCCCAUUUUUCUUAACCUCUACUAUUUCCUCAUAAAAUGUGCUGAAAACAUAGGAGAUCUGCUUCCCCUUUGAAUAUGAGCGGUGAAGGAUUUUGUAUCAAAGGUUAGUUCUACUGUUUGAAAUUUCCUCAACCCAGUUGAUUUGCACUGCUGUAUUGGGGUAUACAAGAACAUACACGUGGCUCAAACACUUCCUAUUGAUUGGUCAUAAUAAUAGUUUGAUGAACAGUUGAGUUCAAGAUAUAAAAUUCAACCUAAAAAAGUGACUGAUGAAAGCAACUUCUGAAUGUUCUCAGGUUAAUAUUUCAUGAGCCCUGAGUUAUUUGCAGAAAUUUUUGACAGUGGUUAAGUCAACUUAAAAAUUCUUUUACAAGCAAUAAGCCUUUGGACUUAAGUGGCCCUACCAAUAGACAAGAAUUUUGUUAACAAAAUAACAAUUUUUGUUCCCCUCAGGGUUUCAGAUCGUGGAGGUGGUAUUCCCGAGUCCAAGCUCCAAGACAUAUUUAAGUAUUCCUACACCACCAUGGGUGAUCGCAGCACCAUAAGACCCUCUGAUGACCCCAACAUCUUCUCUGUUUUGUUUUUCUGACAUGAAUUUAAUUUUAAGUUUACCUGUAAUUUUAUAUCUUUUAGUCCUCUAUUCGACUUACUCCGUUUCAAAUGCUAUGGGCCGGUAGAUUUAAAGAUGGAACGCAUUUACUGGUAAGGUGAUCUUUGUUGCUAAAAGGUUAGUCAGUUAGUCGCAACAACGUGCAAUAUCAUGUUUCAUUCUGCCUUGCUGCUCUGUUUCCGUGACAAACUGUAUUUGGGAAGCCUGACACAUUAUUUGGCUCGUAGCCGUAAAGGGAAAACGAGGAAUUUCAUUGGUGAAUCGUGUAGCACUGUUUAUAGUACAUGUACAGUAGGUAAUUUUUUGAAUUACGUUUGGAAAAGGAAAGUUGAUUAAAAAUUAACAUAUUGGCAAUUUAUGACAAAGUUAUUUUUGUGCCUAGCUCUGUCAUAUUUGGGGUUUUUCCCUGCGGUUUGCAAAUGGGUCACUGACGUAUUUACAGCUGCUGUGGGCACCCAAUGAAGGUUUUCUCCUACAUACACUGAAAACUCUUUUCUCUAGAAAUGGAUUCUAAUCAGCUCCAAAAAAAAUUGUGUAAAAUUGGUUUAUAAUGUUUGGUCAUUUUAGGGUAACUUGUGUCUUUCAGUCAAAUGUAGUGUAGUAGCUUAAUUUUUCCUUUGUUUACUUUAAUUUUUUCUGGCGAGGCCAGCAAGAAAAAGCAUUAACCCUUUAAACCCCAAGAUCAAAAUUUGAAUUCUCAUUUGUUGCCCCCAUUCAUUUCCUACAGCAGUAGUGGGGAGAAGGUGAUAAAAUGUCAAGUAAAUUCAUCUUGUGUGAUCAUGUGUGUAAUUCUCAUGACCACUCUGUUUUACAAAGCAUUGCUAUUACAAGGAGAAAUUUGAUGCUGAUCACUCUUGGGGAUUAAAGGGUUUAAUUUCAAGCAUUAAUUUCAUUCCCAAGUUAUAUGAGUGACCAGGAGAUUUAUAUUCUAAAGACCAUGUAAUAUUUUGCCACAGUUUGUUAUUUUUGUUUUUUUAUAGAAGUUAACACUUGUGAUAAUUUCCUCUUUAAAUUUCAGAAAAGUGCUCAGUUUCUUAGGAAAGAAUUACCUAUUCGCAUAGCACGUCGAGUUGUUGACUUUCAAAAACUUCCCCAUAUUGUACUGUGUAAUCCAGUCAUCCAUGAUGUGGUAGGUAAAAUUACGAUGUAGUGAACUAAUGCAACACAUUUACUGCAUAAAUUAAUUUUUUGAAUAACAGAGAAAAAAGCAUCCAUGAUCUAAAAUGCAUACAGUGUACACAUUGAUUGCACUGUCAUGGGCAUAGCAACUUGUAUGCACAAAAACACAUUUUCGUGUGAAAAACUGUCAAAGAUUACUGAAAACAAAACAAAGAAAGAGUAGAAGUGCUGGAAACACUUUCCACAGUCAGAUGUUAGUCUCAGGAUUUGCUGCCAUCAUAGUCUCUCCUUGACACCCUGUUGGAGAGACUAUGGUGCCAUGCUUCAAAAGUACAUAUGUAGAUAAAGUAAAAACUAUUUAGUUCAAUAAUGAGGUUGCCACUACAUAUCACUUGAUGCCUUAAUUUAUGAAUACUUGUAUAUGUUCUAAAUUGCAGUAUGAGUUGUACCUUAGAGCUUUCAGUGUGCUUAACAAAUUUCCCAAGGUUAGUGCAUAACAUGCAUGUUUUGAAUUAAUUAGCAGAACAGUAAUGUUGCUAUAUAUUUUAUUAUUUUUUUACGUUUCUUGAACGACUCGUGUUUACACUUGUGUUUACACAUCUAGGAUUUUGUCGGACAUGGGCCAGUUUCAGUGUCAAAUGGCAAUUUUAAUGAUGCCAGUAUAUAUUAGUGUUGAAGUGGUAAGAAAAUGUUUAAAUGUCUUGGAUCCUCUCUUUUGGAAAAGGGUCCUUUGUGUUGUUCAGUAGAAGACCCAUCAGUUGCCCUCAUCAGCCAAUCCUGAGAAUAUACCCUGCAAGGAAGUGGUUUAUCACGCAGGAGAGCUUCAAUUGCAUACCAUUCUAUUAUUCAAUAAUAAUAAUACAGAUAUAUCUACUCAGGAGAUAUGAUCACACUGAAAAUGUAACCACAAAGUUUACACUGUACAUGUAAUAGUAACUAAUAAGAAUUAAAUAGUAUUAAAAUAUUAUUAUUAUUAAUAUUAUUGUUUUUGCUCUCAUCUGAAAUGCCUAUGUAAUGUUGUGACUUUUAGGUGGAAACACUUGAAUUAGAGGAGAGAUACAAUCGUAUCAUCAGACAGCUCUUGGAUGACCAUCAGAAUGUCGUCACCAACCUUGCAGAGGGAUUCCAUGAAUGUCAGCGAAAUGUACCAGUAAGUUGAAGCCACUAUCAUUUUCACACAUGACAGGUUGAUUUAAAGGUUAAUUUUCAUCUUGUUCAGAAUCACCAAUACAGUGUUGGUGACAAGUGGUCAAAUAACCUCUAAACAAGGGGGUAAGUUUUUAACCAUGCUCCUCCCACGCCCAAAUAUAAUGAUUGUAAAAAUGGCAAUGUACACAAUUAUCCUGUUUUCCAUAGACUGCGAGCAGUCCCUCAGGAUGGUCAUGCGAGCGAGGAAAUUGAGCGAAGCGAGUGAAAGCCAAGGGGAAGCUGGGAGGAGGGAGGGACUGCUCGCAGUCUAUGUUUUCCAGUACACUUGCAAAUAGAGAGGAGAAGUGUGACUUCAUGUUACCACUGUAGCAAAAUUUCUGGAUUACAAUAAUAGGGAGCUUAAGGACAAUGACGGCAAUGGCAAUGAGAACAGCGAAAAAGCAUAGGAUUAGAUAAGCAAAACAACAACUUAGCAGGUGCAUUGAUCACACUUUUUUGUACAUUUCUUAGCCGUCGUUGCACGACUGCUACAUGAAACUUCCUAAUUUCACGCACCCGCUUAAUGGAGUAGGUGAACACAGCACAGAAAAAUAUUCCUUAACUUAGAUAUUGUCCUUUAGAAUAUUACGCCAACAUUUGAAAAUUAGAUGAAACUGAAUAAGGUCGAUCUAUACUGUAGUUUGAAACAGUGCAAUUUCAAUUUUUAAGUGACGUUUUUGGUUUGUUGUCAUCCAGAUAUUUUGCUACCAUGGCAGUGUGAUGUAAUGACUUCUAUCUAUUACAGGUUUCCUUGACCAUUGAGUAUCAAAAUUAUAUGAACAUUUAGAUCUGUAUCACAUUCAUCUGCAUGCAGUGAUUUUGUUACCUCCACGUCCUGCAUCCUUGAUGCAUAAAAAUCGCCAAAGAUGCAGAACAAUUCAUGACAUGGGUCCCAAAGGACGCAAAAAUCGGUCGAUCAAUCUGAAGAUGUUUUUGUAGAAUAUCCUGUUCGUGUGAUUUCUGUGGCUGUUCUUGAGCCUAUUGUUUAACAGCGCAUAUUUCUUUUAGUCUUUGUUGUGUUUUACAAUAGAAGGAGUAUAUUUUUAUUUCAUUUAACUGUAAUACAGGGACUCAUUAGUUCUGCACCGGGACUCGCAAUUUUUCACAAGAUGAGUCCCAGGACUCACCAUAACUAAUUGUAACAAAAUCACUGUGCAUGCUAUACACAUUGUGAAAGAAAAAGCUAGGAUAUGUUUUUUUUCCUUUUUUUUGAUGUUUAUUUACUUACUUCAUUUACUUUUUUGUUCCUAUUAAUUUUGUUUCCAGUAUGAAACAAUAGAUGCAUUUCUUAAUCGUACCCUGACAUCACGUCUUGGAAUCCGUAUGUUGGCAGAACAUCAUCUUGCUCUUAGCAUCGACAAGGUAAAGUUGUCCCAUGCUUUCAUCCUCAGGAAAACUUCCAGUGCAGUGUUGUUGCACAAAAGUGAGUGUUAAGAAGAGGUUUUCUGUAGCAUAGAAAAAUUCAAGGUAGCAGAUCACAGACAAUGAGAGGAAAACAAUGUGUACAUGGGAGACUGUCUGUAGAUAGUGGUUAUAACCUCACCCCUUGAUUAUUGUUUUGUCAUGCCUUGUCUAACUGGCCACUUUUUUGUUUACAUUUCAGCCAAACUACAUAGGGAUUGUCUGUACCCAUCUUAACUUUAGACAACUUGUUGAAAGAUGCAGUGACUUUGCAAGGUAUUCUCUCUGAUAACUUAUUUUUUUUCAAGCCUCAAAGUCCCUACUUGAAAUAUUUUUUGAUGACAAGAUCAGGAUAAUGAAAUAAUGUUAAAUUGAAUUGUGAAUGAAAGUAUUAAGACACUCCUACUCAGUAUCAAGUGGCUACUGAUGUUAUCCUUACACAAGAAAACAAGCAUACUGUGUGAAUGUUGGUUUAAGGAAAAGGGAAUCAUUCAAAUAUUCCUGUCACUUCUUAUAAUAAUAAUGUGUUGAUUGUUCAAAAUGUCACUUAAUAAUGUGGCUUUUAAUUACUGGUACCAGAAAAUGCCUCUAUUUAGGGAGGUAUAUCACUACGAAAGUUCUUACUUGAACACUUUGGCAAACACUGCAUUCACACUAGUGAUUUUGUUUUGGUUGAUAUUCACCAUGCUAGGCAGUGAAUGUAAUGUCAUAGUGCGAGAAAGCAAACCAAUCAGAUUGCUUGAAUCACCAUGAUCACCAAGAUAAAUCUAUAUGUUCUCUCCAAAAAAAUAAUAAUAUUAUCAUUAUAUAAAUAUGGAAGCUAGUGUUUUAAAACCUUAGCCUAACUUAGUGUUUUUCAUUGCAGGCAAGUGUGUGAGCACACGUAUGGUAUAGCACCAGGCCUUAUUGUCAAUGGUCAUACACAAGCAGUCUUUCCCUACAUUCCUGCACCAUUAGAGUACAUCCUUCAAGAACUUCUGAAGAAUGCUAUGAGGUACAGACUGCUCACCCAUCUUAGUAAAAGUAAUUUUAUUUAGUGUGUGUUACAUAGAAGCUGGUUGGGGUUAACUUUUUUUGUGGCCACCUUCCAACACCCCUCAAUCUGUGUACAGGUAUCCCAAUAGUGCACCUAAUCUUAAUGGACAAUAAAUCUACCAUGUUCCAGAUUCAAAAUGAAGUAAACUAUACCCUCUUCCAGAGAUAAAGAGUGGUUUUGUAUACCCUGUUCCAGAGUCAGAGAGGGAAAAAGCAUUCCAAGUUGAGCGGCAAAUACCCAUACAGCCCAUACAUAUAUUUGAGAACAACCACCCCACCCCCAAAGCCUUUGCUUAUUGGUCAUAUUAUAUGGGCAAAAAAACAUUUGCCUGUCAGAAAAGUCUUCUUGUCCCAGAUUAUCAGGUGGGACUUUUUUCGAACCUUAAAUGCUACGGUUCUUUGACCACUCCCAGUACCCUUCACCCCUAAGUCCAAUGAAACUGAAAUAUCAAAACCUAUAAUCCAUAUUUAAUUGAAAAAAAGCAACCUUGACCCAAAGGAUUUUAGUGAUGGACUUGAAACAUCAACAUAGAUUUACAGUUUGUGUCUGUACAAUGAAAUACACUGCAUCUGUGUGAUUUCGUAUCCAGAGCCAGUGUGGAGCAUCAUCUUGACAGACCUCUGGAAGUACCCAACAUAGUUGUUACACUAUGCAGUAAUGAUACAGACUUCUAUGUGAGGUAAAAAUACCGUCUCGUUGGUGUUGAUGACCACAAUAUUAUUCUUUUAUAACAAAGUAUAUUUCAUUUUCUGGAAAAAUAAAUGUCCCCAUUUUCUUAACCACUAGUAUUUCCUCAUAAAAUGUGCUAAUAACAUAAGAGAUCUAUCUGCUUCCCCUUUGAAUAUGAUCUGUGAAGGAUUUUGUAUCAAGGGUUAAUUCUGCUGUUUGAAAUUUCCUUAACCCAGUUGAUUUGCACUGCUGUAUUGGGGUGUACAUGGGCAUACACAUGGCUCAAAUACUUCCUAUUGUUUGGUCACAAUUUUGAUGAACAGUUGACGAGUUCAACAUAUAAAAUUCAACCUAAAAAAGGGACUUUUGAAAACAACUACUUAAUGUUCUCAGGUUAAUAUUUCAUGAGCCCUGAGUUAUUUGCAGGAAUUUUUGACAGUGGUUAAGUGAACUUAAAAGUCCUUUUACAACCACAUGACGUAAGUGACCCUACCAAUAGACAAUAAUUUUGUUAACAAAAUAACAAUUUUUGCUCCCCUCAGGGUUUCAGAUCGUGGAGGUGGUAUUCCCGAGUCCAAGCUCCAAGACAUAUUUAAGUAUUCCUACACCACCAUGGGUGAUCGCAGCACCAUAAGACCCUCUGAUGACCCCAACAUCUUCUCUGAUUUAUGCAAAGGACAUCCGAACAAUUCACCCAGCGGCGGGCCAAUGGCAGGCUGGGGAUUUGGACUGCCUACUUCACGAGCAUAUGCUACAUACCUCGGAGGCUCACUCGAACUGCAAUCCUUGGAGGGCCUGGGCACUGAUGUUUAUUUGCGGCUGAGGCACAUUGAUGGGAAGAAAGAGAGCUUUCGAAUCUAAAUCAGAUACAUUAUAUAUGUUCAGUGAAUUUACAAUGUAUGUAGAAAUGUUAUGUUGAAGGUUGCUUGUGUCAUUUAUGACACAAGCAACCUCAAGUCAAAGGAAGCUUGUGGAGACAGAUGAUGAACACUAAUUUAGAGAUUUUAAUGAAAAUAUCAUAAAAGUGUUAUUACAGUUUUUCUGUGUAACUAAAACAAAGGUAAUAUAUAAUCGUGUCCUUUCUUGAUGUUAUCUUUUUUGUUCUUUGUUUGCUUGUUUGUUCGUUUGUUUUUUUUUGUAAAUAGUUCCUUGAAAGUACAGAAGUUAAAAGCAUAAAGUGAACUAAGAGAGGAUAAGUGGGAUAAAAACCUUUAAAUUCCUGUGUCCGCAUUUCUCCAGAUGUUGUACCUUUGUAGUAAUCUAUAAUCUAACACCAACCGAACAAAUUACUCUGUAGUUUUCCUCUGUAUGGUUGUUGUACACACACAUCAGUACACGCCUAGACUUGAUUUCCUCACGAAUAAUCAGUUUAGCUAGCUCUAUUGAGCUAUACUGAUGCAUCCACUUAGUGUAUGGAUUGACUUAACAGAGUAAGCAGUCUUGGUAUGUAAGAGAUCCAAGUUACUAGCCCAAAACUCAAACUUCGCUGGAUAAUGUUAAGUAGUAAGACUUGAAGCCGAUGAGAUUGUAGAAUGGUUUAAAUGUUUAUUUACAUGUACUGUAGGUGACAGCUUACGUACAGUGUAGAGGUUGUUAAUUUGUAAGUAACAUGGUGUGAUGGUUUUCUUUUUGUGAGGGAGAGGGGUUGCCAAAGACAAGAGUAGUUGGGUGUGGUUCGCCAUAUUGUAUUUAUCAUUGUUAACGUUCUCAAACAUAAAUUAAGAAAACGUUACUAUCAGGUAAUUAUUUUAUGUGAAAGCAAAGCUUAUUACAUUUCGAUCAUUGAAGGUUGGAAAAUCAAAAUCGAAAGAUCCAGAUUCGAAAGUUAUUUUGAGAAACAGGGUUAGUCCCUUAAUUUAUUUUAUUUUCAAUUUUCGUAGCAUUUACGAUAGAUCAAACUACUGGAAUAUGUGCAUCGAAAAAAUUGUUGAUGUCUGCAUUACGUAUAUUGGGCAGAACGUUGUAGAAGCAGACUGCAGGUUAACGAGUGUAAAAUCACGCAGCCGACCUUAUAGCGAUUAGUUUACUUGAUCACAUAGCAAAUCAUUGUAUGUGUAAGCAAAUACGUAAUUAUUACAAAGUAAGUAACUGAAAUAUUCAUCAAUGUUAUUUUAUACUCAAAUUUUUAUGUGAAAGAAAAUACGAAAGUGAUGGGUAAAUCAUACGAACAAUAUUUAAAGAAGUCUUUAAACAGCAUACGUAUAAUUUUUUUAACAAAAUAUUUAUCUCCUUUAUUGUUAAUUAUCUAAUCAUGAGGCAAUGCUGGUAAUAACG